GUGUGGUGUUUGUAUCCUUUGAACUCUGUGUAAGAAGAUAAGGUGGAGAGGAAACAAAUGGUUGGUACAAAAAGAAGCAAAGAGGAGAUAGAUCUGAGAGAAAAAAAAAAGAAAAAGUAAGGGAAAAGAAUGGCAACAGUUUCAAGAUUACCUUCAACAAUUCAUCAACAUCAAUCUCUGUAUUAUAAUCGCAAAAGGAAUUCCAUUUCACUUAGGAGAGCAACAACUCUGAGAGUCAGAGCUGCAAAGCUUCCUGCUGGAGUUGAAAUGCCCAAAGUGGAGCCAAAGCUCACUGAGCCAUUCCUUGGGUUCACUAAGACUGCAGAGAUAUGGAACUCAAGAGCUGGCAUGAUUGGAAUCAUUGGAACCUUCAUUGUAGAGCUGGUAUUUCACAAAGGCAUACUACAGAUGAUUGGUGUGGAUGUGGGGAAAGGGCUCGACCUUCCACUUUAAAGAGUAUAUCAGUCCAAAAUUAAACUCAUUCCUGUAUCAUCUUCUUUAUGUGUUUUAACAAAAAAUGUUCAAAGGACUAAUUAAGCUGAAUCAGAAGCAUGAUCAUUGGUUCAAUUUGAUUGAGUCAUUACUGAUUGGCACUGGUAAAGAAAAAAAAAAAAAAA